AACUCAAUGUCCAAGAAUCCAUCCAAACAAGAACCAAACCCGGUUUGAAGGUGUCAGAGAUGAUCCAAUGUUUAUGUGAGACAAAACAAAAGUCCAGUGCACUUACCAACACAUCUUGUCUGUGUGUAUGUGAAGCCCAAAAACUAAAGAAGAAUUUUCUUGCUUUUCAACCAAACAAACCUACUACCAACCCUAACCCCCUAUAAUUCAGCUCUAUCUACUCCUACAGAGUCCUCUAAAUCCCAUAUGAUGUUCAAACCUGAAAUUCUAGUAUACGUUUUAGCUUUCCCUUUUAGGAAACAUUCAAUGUACCAUUUUUAGAUCUGUAUAGCUAGCCACUAAUCAUGGAUCACUUCCUUAUCAAAUCUUGAAUUGAUGGUCUAGAUUCAUUCUUAUGGAUCCAUAGAUGUAGAAAUGCAACUUGGGUAUGUUUAGUUUCAUCUUUAGGUGGGACAUUUUGGUGGGGUUUCUCUAUUUUAUCCAAGAUUAGCUUUUUAUCAAAGACUGGAGCUUUUUCUUAUCAAAGAUUUGAUUUUUAGUUAUCAAAGAUUGGAGCUUUAGUUUUAUAGAUGGCUGAUUAUCAAUUUUGGUCUAUGUUUAUGGUUAAUUGUACAACACAGAGCUGACUUUUGUUUAUCUGGGGCUUACCAAGAAACAGGUAUUUUUAGGUGGAUUUUGGGUCUGGUACAAAAUUCCCAUCCAAGAUUGAUUCUUGAAAAGGUCUAGGUUGGAUUGGGUUUUACUUUUUGGUUUCUAAUUAUAGAAAGAGAUGUUCUUUGAACUUCUUUGAAGUUCAUUGUUAAGGAGUUUGAAACCAGUGUUGUAUAGUUAUUAUCUAGCGAGGUAUUAGGUGAUAAAAUGUCCUUCAGGAGUAUGAUUCAGGAUAUGAGAGGUGAGUUUGGGAGCAUUUCCCGUAAAGGAUUUCGGUCUAGGUCACAUAGGGUGGUUCAGGAUUGUACUGUGACAACAUUAGAUGCUUUAAGGCAAAGUUGUUGGGCUAAUAUGCCUCCUGAGCUAUUGAGAGAUGUCCUAAUGAGGAUUGAGGCAUCUGAUUCUGAUUGGAGGCCGAGGAAACAUGUGGUUGCUUGUGCUGGUGUUUGUAGGAGUUGGAGAGAAAUAAUGAAAGAAAUUGUUAAAACACCUGAAAUUUGUGGGAAAUUGACGUUCCCCAUCUCCUUGAAGCAGCCUGGUCCUAGAGACAAUCUUGUUCAAUGUUUCAUCAGAAGGAACCGCAGCUCUCAGACAUAUCACCUCUACCUUAAUUUAAAUGAAGCUUCUAACGAUGAUGGUAAAUUCCUUCUUGCUGCUCGGAAAUGUAGAAGGGCAACAUGCACAGAUUACAUCAUUUCUUUAAAUGCUGAAGAUGUUUCUAAGGGUAGCAGCACCUACAUCGGGAAGCUGAGAUCCAACUUCCUUGGGACCAAGUUCACUAUCUAUGAUGCGCAACCCUCUAAUGCAGGAGGAGCUAAAGUCAGUAAAUGCCGCUCUACUAGGUUUGUUGGAAUGAAACAAGUCUCUCCAAGAAUACCUGCCGGCAACUAUCCUGUAGCUCACAUUUCAUACGAGUUGAAUGUCCUGGGGUCUAGGGGACCGAGGAGGAUGCUGUGUGUCAUGGACGCAAUUCCGGCUUCUUCUAUUGAACCUGGGGGUGUAGCCCCUACGCAAACAGAAUUUGUUCCUGUGAAUAUAGAUUCCUUCCCCUCCAUCCCCUUUUUUAGGUCAAAAUCAACUCGCAUGGAUAAUUUCCCAUCCGGACCUUUACCCAGUCAAAAAGAUGAAGUACUAACUUUGAAGAACAAGGCUCCUAGGUGGCACGAGCAACUCCAAUGCUGGUGUCUUAACUUCAAUGGCCGGGUGACAGUUGCUUCUGUAAAAAACUUUCAGCUAGUUGCUUCUCUGGGGGAUGGAGCUGGACAGGAACAUGAGAAUGUUAUUCUCCAAUUUGGGAAAGUGGGAGAAGAUGUGUUCACCAUGGAUUAUCAGUAUCCUAUAUCUGCAUUUCAGGCGUUCGCAAUCUGCCUCAGCAGCUUUGACACCAAAAUUGCCUGCGAAUGAUUAGACAACAGGCAAUAUCUCAUUUCUGGAAACCCUAAGAAUUACUGAUGAAGCAUUGCGUCCUGUCACGUGUAAUGAUUGGUAGACUGGAUCGUGCAGGUUCUGCAAGAAGUAUUGAGGUGUUCGGAUUGGCGAUUGCACUAACCCUGUGUGCGUUAGUUACUGAACUAACGCCCAGUUAAAUUGUAGUAGGUAUGUUUGUUGUUGAAUUAAUCACCCGUUUUUCAUGUGCUUGGACCUUCCCUUUCUUGGUUUUCUGUAAAUAGACAAGGAUGCUUCACGGUUUGUUCAAUUAACUUACUAUUUCUGUUA